CUUCUUGGAUCUUGACUAAUAAACAUUAAAAACCCCAUGAGCCUACCUCUUUAGAUCCACCAAAAAGGUUAUUGUUUUCUCCUCUGUAGCCCCGUAAAAUACACUAACCAGAUGUGUCCAAGCACACUUAGAUCUAUGUAAUAAUACAUAGAGACAUGAGAAUGAGGUUAAGCGAACCACAGAACCCACUGGUUGAAGCCACACCUGCCCCCACGGUACGGGAUGUUACCCCCAAGAUUCGAACUUCGAGCACCAAACUUUGGGACUCCUCCCUUCCGUCUCCCCGUCACCCAUCCCGUCCCCCCCACUGUACGACCAAAAGGAAAAAAGGAAUAGGGGUCAAGGGGCCGGAAGAAUGAGGACCACUGUUUCCACCUGAUCUAAUUGUUUCUUCCUUGGCCUCUUUUGCUUUUUGUGCGAAUGACAUUCUGUUACAGCAACAGCUUAUAGAAACAUGUAUACACACAAAAAAAAUCAGAUCAGCAUGCAAUUGUAUAUAUGUUACCUUCAUGAUUGAUCUUCCCAUGGCUGAACUUUAAGGUCUUGAAGAAAUGAAAGAGCACUAGGAUAUUGGCACGGCUCAAUCAAACCAAAAGGCACCACCUAGCUCAUCGUGUCUGAGUGAACCAGGCCAAUAUCACAGUCACUAUUUCAUGUGUACAUAGAAAAAUCUUCACUAUUUCAUGUGAACCAGGCCAAUAUAUAGAGCUAAUAGUC